CAGCUACGCGCCACCAAGGAGAGUGUGCGCGUGGUUAUCUCCACUCGCUCGAACUGUGAAAGACACAAUGGAAAAGAGAAUAUAUGUUGUUUUGGUUCGGUUUUCUCCGCCAAAAGUGCCCAAUCAUGAGUUUCUCUAUUAAUGGAUCCAUAACUCUCAGAGCGCGCUGAGCUACCUGACUUCAACGAUUGAAGAUUUCUCUAAACAGGUAAUUGGGAUUUGAGAGGUACGGAAAACAAUGGAAGUGAAAGCAAGGGCUCCUGGGAAAAUCAUUCUCUCCGGUGAACACGCAGUGGUGCACGGAUCCACUGCAGUCGCUGCGUCUAUUGAUCUCUACACCUAUGCCACUAUUUCUUUUCCCAUCGCUGAGAAUGAUGAUUCACUGAAACUUCAGCUCAAGGAUGUGGCACUAGAAUUUUCAUGGCCAAUUGGGAGAAUCAAAGAAGCCUUAUCUAAUUUGGGUGCUCCUUCCUCUUCAACACCCACCUCUUGCUCAAUAGAAUCAGUUAAGUCAAUUUCAGCUUUGGUUGACGAACAAAAUAUCCCAGAGGCAAAAAUUGCACUUGCUUCGGGAGUAUCAGCCUUUUUAUGGUUAUAUACAUCUAUUCGAGGAUUUAAGUCUGCCACUGUAGUUGUCACUUCUGACCUUCCACUGGGUUCAGGCCUAGGAUCAUCUGCUUCAUUUUGUGUUGCCCUCUCAGCUGCUCUACUUGCUCUCUCAGACUCUGUAAAUGUGGACGCACAGCACCAAGGGUGGUCAAUGUUUGGGGAGCCUGACCUUGAAUUAUUAAACAACUGGGCUUUUGAAGGUGAAAAGAUAAUUCAUGGAAAGCCAUCUGGAAUAGACAACACUGUCAGCACAUAUGGCAACAUGAUCAAGUUCAGGUCUGGUAAUCUGACACGCAUCACGUCCAAAAUGCCGCUCAAAAUGCUUGUUACUAACACAAAAGUUGGGAGGAACACAAAAGCACUGGUUGCUGGCGUUUCAGAGAGAACUUUACGGCACCCGAAUGCCAUGAGUUUUGUUUUUAAUGCUGUUGAUUCUAUCAGUAACGAUCUGGCUAACAUCAUCCUUUCACCUGCUCCAGAUGAUGUGUCCAUAACUGAGAAGGAAGAGAAGCUAGAAGAGUUAAUGGAAAUGAAUCAAGGCUUGCUUCAAUGCAUGGGGGUCAGCCAUGCUUCUAUAGAAACUGUUCUUCGGACAACAUUGAAAUACAAGUUAGCUUCCAAGUUGACUGGAGCAGGGGGUGGGGGUUGCGUACUGACUCUGCUACCAACCUUGUUAUCAGGAACAGUUGUUGACAAAGUAAUUGCUGAACUGGAGUCAUGUGGAUUCCAAUGUUUGAUUGCCAGAAUAGGUGGGAAUGGUGUUGAGAUUUGCAUUGGUGGUUCAUCCUGAUUAUAACAGGGCAGCAAUAAAUUAGAGUAAGAUCUUAUCUUUAAUGUCAAUUUUCAAAUAAGAUCACAAAGUGUAGGCUUUGCUGGUAAAGCUGAUUUAUUUCUUACGACAUCAUCUGUAUGAUAUUUCGUUGUUGUUUAUCUUCCUCUUUUUAGCUGGAGUCAGUUUCAAACA